AAUCACUGCGCAGUUACUUGGAUGAAUACAACGAACGUAUUCAACUCCCCUUACGUGCGCUUGUAUUCCAAAUUACGCCGCUGAACCCACUGACUGAGGUCAAAUUUAGAAGCACUUGGAAACGUCCUGAAGUUUUGUCCAAAAAAAUGCAUCAUUUCGCAAUUUGAAUGCUUAACAGCAUUAAAACAAGUGCAACUAUAAGUCAAUUUUGACGGUCGGCCCAGAUGGUACGCGGACGUUUCAGGAACCGGACGGACGGAGGCGUCAUCGUGGCCCUUGUUUUCAUUUGAAAUGUCUUCACCGGAACAGGAUCAGGAUCAGGAUGCCGCUUUUCGGGACCAAGUCGGCGACGGCAACAAGUUGGCCGGCAACGCAACAACGAGGCGGCCCGUCCGUCCGCUUUGAUUCCAAAUCCUUUCGGUUAUUUUUCGGGCUUCGAAUGGACGCGUUCGUUCGGCUACGAGGCGGACUCUAGGCCGACCCUAGGUUAGACCACCUUUUUUUUUUUUUUUUUUUUUUUUAAGUCGCCCUGGGGGUCGCAUUGCUGUUUGUUUUCGUUUGUUUGUUUUGCGUCCAUUUUUUUUUUUUUCCCUAAAAAGGAUUUCAACAUGUCGAGGAGCGCGGAGGAGGUGAACAAGCUGACUGAAAGUACAUACAAGAAUGUGAUGGACCAGUUCAACCCGGGUUUGAGGAACUUGGUCAACCUGGGAAAGAACUACGAGAAAUCUGUGGCAGCGAUGACCCUGGCGGGAAGAUUGUAUUUCGACGCCAUGGCUAAAAUCGGGGAGAGUGCCGUGUUGUCUCCCGUCUCCAGAGAAUUGGGGACGGCGCUGAUUGGGAUCUCGGAAGUCCACCGCAAAGUUUUCCUGGAGUGGGACGACAACUUGAAGAGGUUCCACAGGGAGAUUGUGACCGAGCUGGAGAGGAAGACCGACAUGGAUGUCAAGUACAUGACGGCCACGUUUAAAAGGUACCAGAUGGAGCACAGGAUGAAGCAGGACUCUGUGGAGAAGUCGCAGGCGGACCUGAAGAGGCUGAGGAGGAAGAGCCAGGGCAAGAACGCCAACAAGUACGAGAACAAAGAGAGCGAGUGCGUGGAGACGCUGACGAGCCGGCAAAUGGACAUGCAGCUGUUCGUGGCCGACGGCUGCCGCGAGGCGCUGACGGAGGAGAGGAGGCGCUUCUGCUUCCUGGUGGACAAACACUGCAACUUUUCCCACCAGAUCGCGUCCUUCCACCACAAGGCCAGAGACAUCCUGAUGGCGAAGCUGAACAGCUGGCAGGACCGGUGCAACGACGCCGCCGACAUGCCCGAGAGCGUCGUGUCCAUGAUCGAGGGGCUGCGCACGCCCAUCUCCGUCACGCCGCUGCCCUCGCCCACGCCCUCGCGCCGCAGUUUGAACGUCUCGGCUCCUCCCGCGCCCUCUCAGAAGGCUCACGUCAGCCCGCUCGUCAACAUGUUCACGCCGGACGACAGAAGCGCCGCCGCCGCCGCCGCCGGCUACAACAACGUGGCAGCGCACGACAGCGGCGGGGAGUCCAACCUGGCCCGGUCCGUGUCCGUGGCCACGGGCCUCAACAAGGCGGCGGUAAAAAGGCCGCGGGUUCGCACCAUCUUCCCCCACGCCGGCGGCAACGGCGACACCCUGCUCGGCUUCGAGCAGGGCGACGUCAUCGUGCUGCUCAUCCCGGAGGAGAAGGACGGCUGGAUGUACGGCGAAAUGGAAAAGGACGGAAAGAGGGGCUGGUUCCCUUCGUCUUACUGCCGAGCCAUCCCGGAGCCCCCCCCGGCCCACGCCGACGGCGCGGCGGCGGCGCCGUACCGCAGCCGCAGCGUCGUCGACCUGCACCGCCAGGACUCUGAAACCGACGAGGCCACCAUGAUCCUGCCCCCGGAGGACUACGCCGACGGCCCGAGGCUCGCCGCCGGCGCCGUCUCCUCUUCGUCAUCCCAUCUCCGCACGACGAAGCAGACCAACGGCACCUCCAGACCGACACCCGCCUUCCUGGCGGGCGGCAACCCGUUUUCCACCGUGCGACUCCGUCCCACCGUCACCGACGACCGCUCGGCGCCGCUCAUCUGACGGGGGGGGGCACGCUCUGAAGCGUCUGGCGCCAUUUCGGGACCCGAAGUCUUCCACGCGGGUUUGUUGCCGCGUCGACGGCCACGUGAGGAGCAAAUGAGGAACAAAACUCUGCUAAUGAAUACUUGUGAGCAUUUUUUUUUUUUUUUGGGGGGGGGGGUGUUCUGAACCUCACGCCACCUUCAGGCUGGGCCCAACUAUGCCUCCACGUCUAGGAUGUGGAGUCAACGCAGUGUUCUCGAUGUCCACUUUGAAUUGUGUGUACUCGUACCCUCGUUGUCCUGACCAGUAAAACAAUUGAUCGUACUAGUGGACGUUGUCCCCGCUGCUAGUAUCACAACAAGUAUCUUUUGGUCGCAAGUAUGCAGUUAAACCUUCAUGGUAAACUAUUGUUGUGUACUAGUAUCACUACGAGCCUUAACGUGGGCUUCCUCCCCCCCCCCCCCCAAUACUCAAACUAGUGGCCUCCUGGGCUUUACUGGUAGCAUGAAAAUGGCCACUAGUCUGCCAACGUUGGCCUGUUAGUGUGAAGAAAUGUCGUUAGUAGUAAGACACACGUUCCACUAGUGCACCCGAGUCGUUGUCCUGAAUUGGAAGGACAAAGCGUGUACUCGUACCCGGACCUUGAGCCGCAUACCAGGGCAAAUGUCUGAAAUUACUGUGGCUGCUUUUUAUGCUUUGUUUUAAGACUGACGACAUUGUUUUAAAAAAAAAAAAAAGUAGCGCAAUGUUUUUUUUUUUUUUUUUUUUAAUGGGGCUAGAAAAGUGAAGAAAGUCGCCGUUUUCCCAGGAAUAAAGUUUGUUUUGCGACACUUUUAAAAUGUAUGAGAAUAAAAAUUUUAACAUUCAUCAAAGUGGCAACACGACGAGGAAGUUUUUUUUUUUUUUUUUUUUGGUUAUGAAAUACGACCACUAAGCGCGUGUGUCACGUUGGGA